GACUGGAUCAAGCAGCACAACGAAGAAGUUGAGCUCGAGAUCAAAGGCAUCAAGCAGAAAGGCGUCUGGCGGCUCGUCGGGGAAGAGGGUGUCUUCGAUUUCGAAGAAUACGAAGACACGGCCGUGGCCGAGAAGAUCAUCGAACACGAGGGCGGGGACGAACCGUUCUCUGAGGUGGCCUUCGCCCGGAAGAAAGAGGCCAUGCACAACGCCUGGACGGCUCAGAGCAAGGCUCGAGAAGCCGUGUCUGUCAAAGGCCCAGAGCUUGGCAUGGAAGCCUUGUUGGCCCUUGUGCAAAACACGGCCUCAGGCCAAGGUUCUUCUUCCAAGCAGCGGCCUCUGGCCAGGUCUCGAAGCCGCUCGCGUGCUGGCAGGUCCAGCAAGGCCAGCAGCUCUAGCGAUGAAUCUGCCAGCGACGCUGAAGAGGGGUCCAAGCCAUCAGCCAAGGGUGCAAACACGAAGAAAGUGUCUGCGCCGUCUGCGCCUGUGGGCCAGGGCCACGGCAGCAGAGGAGGAUCAGGAUCAGGACCAAGAACCGCCUUGGUUCUGGACGCAACACCAGCAGCACCCAUGCAGUUGGACGGGCGUGCAAACAGAACCCUGAGGCGAUGCCAGACGGAGAUCGACAAGCUCAAGAAGACCUUGCAAGACGUGGACUUGAAAGACAAAGCCCAGGGCCCACAAGCAACUGCGUCGAAGGAAUACCGGACUCAUUGCCAAAAACGUGUCACCACCAUCAACAUAGCUGUCCGAGAUGCAGGGGCUACGAUCAAGGCGGUGGACAAGAGCAGCAACAAAGAGACCUUUGAAACACAGUUGCAAGAGCUGCAGCAUUACACGGCUUUGAGCCAGGCUGUUGUGCGUUUGAUUCAGAUGAUGCCGGCAGCCAGACCUGACCCCGAAGAGUUCAUCAAAGUGUUGAGCGAGGUCAAGAAGCUAGACAUUCUGGGCUUGUCGUUUGGGCCAGGUUUUCAAAUGAAGUGUUUGAUGGCCAGAGCCAAUGAGAGUUGCCUUCACGGGGAUCAUGAGAAGUUCACCGACAUUUUGAUGCACAGGUCAGAAGAAGCUCAGCCGCUUCUUAGCAGCAUGAACCUUCCUGAUUUGCGCUCCCACAUUUGCACAGAGGUUGAAAACCGAAUGCUGGCAUCAAUGCGAGCCAUCACCACAGAAGAGCUCCAGCUUAAGAUGCAAGGCAAGGCUUCCAGUGAGGAUACACCCAACUUGCACGAAGCAACCUCCCUAGCCAAAGCAGUUGCAAAAGCAUGCGCGGACAGCGAUUUUUUGGCUAGCGACCUGCAGGAGUAUGCUCAGAUGUCCGCUGCACUCCUUGACCAACAUGAUAUCAAAAGGUUGGAAACACAAACGCUGAAGGUCAAAGAAAAGGCUUCUGAGAAGCUUGAGCGCGUGCAGGGCAUGAUUCGUUUCUUUCUGCAGCAUGAUGUUGGCAAGGAUUUGAUGUCCAUGGCUAUCAGCCGAGUGCAGGAGGGUGAGCUGGAAGCAGAUUUUCAGGCCUUGGUCCGGGUUGCUGAAAAGGAGGUAAGCACUUUGGCCUGCGCGGCUGCCAAACCGCCACUUCCUGAAGCCUCGGGAUGCAGCUUAGGACCUGAUGUCCUGGCCCAGGCCAUCGCUCCUGCGUUUGAAGCUGUAGCCAGCUUGAAAGCUUGCAAGUUUCUCAAGUCGAAGCAAAGCAAGAAAGCCCUGGGUGAAGAUGGAACGCUUCCAGCAGAGUCUGUCGCGUCUUUGGAAAAGCAGCUGUCCAAUGCUGCUGUCCAGCUGGUGAGUCCUGACUUGUCCUGCACCGUGACAGAGCAUUUGCUGCUUGCUCCGGUUUAG